AUGGCCUCCUUGCUCCAGCCUCCUCUUCUCACUCCUCCCCCGCUCUGCUGCUGCUCGCAUGCCUGCCUCUACCCGAGGUUCUUGAAACCGCCUCCAAAAUUCUCAAAUGGGGCCUGUUCCCGUUCCACGGCGAGGCCGUCGGACCGGAGCGAGUUGUUAGUGGAUAAAAGCGGGGCCUUGGCUUGGAGAGCGGCGGGGAGACAGCGGCGGCGGCUUGGCCUUGGCGUCACCGGAGCUGGGAGAGGCCCCUUCUUUGGCGGCGGCUGGAGGCGUAUGGACAAGGGCACCACCCGGGUCGUGGGGAACCUCGCCUUCGCCGCCGUCGUGACGUACCUCGCCGUCACCGGCCAGCUCCGGUGGGUUAUUGACGCCAUCGUCUCGCUCUGGCUCCUUACAAUACUGCUGCCUGUUCUGGCUCUGGGUGCAUUUUUCUUCUUUGCAGGACAAGAUAUACUGCAGGGCGAUUGUCCGAACUGUGGAAAAAGCUUCCAGAUCCUGAAGUCAGCUUUGAAGGAUGGCCCACAGCUAUGCCCUUAUUGCAGUCAACCUUUCUCUGUUCAGGGCAACAAAUUUGUUAGAGAAUCUGCUAGAUUUUCAUCUGGGAGGGGUGCUACUACUACAAACGGGCAAGUGUUCAAUGAGUUCUUCAACCGCAACAUGAGAGAAGCGGCGCCUUCAGGAACGAUUGUGGAUGUCGAGGCCGAAGUCAAGGAUGUCGAGUGA